AGGAAACAGUUGCCUUAAAGCAUAAAGAAAGUGAAAGUUUUUGCAGAAGCGUAUAAAGGGCGUGCAAGCAGCGGUGAGGCACAUAUCUGCUGAGCACAGGUGAACGAACACAUACAGAGGGACAAGAUGAUGUUCUCUAACGCUCUGACAUUAUGGACAGGUGCUCUGCUCAUAUUGAGCGUCAGUCUAUGGAGCUGUACAACAGCUCUGAACGAUGGGGCAGCGGAUUGUUGUUUAACCACCAGCGACCGGCGCAUCCCACAGAGGGUGGUGACGUCCUUCACCAUUCAGACCGGUGAUGAAGCCUGCAGAAUUCCUGCCACUAUAUUUGUCACAAAGAAGGGAUUGAAGCUCUGUGCACCGUUUCCAAGUAAGAAUAACUGGGUGAGCAAACUGAUCGACUACAUACUAGCAGGACCUCUACCCAAAAAACCUAGAGGAAAGAAGCAUAGACAACAGUAAACCAUCACAGAUUAUGCAGGUCCAGCCUGCUCUCACUUUACACGCAUGAAUAGGAGUGAUCCUGGAACAGAUACCUAAUAUUACUUAACGUUGAUAGUAAAUAGUCAUUCUCAGGUUUGCUACAUGAGUACUCUAGUGGAGCAGGUCAAGUGCGAAUCUACUGUCAUAGGAAUAAGCUUUACAAGAUAUGAACUAUUUUUGAAAUGUGAAUCCUUCCCUCACUGGUCUACAUGAAGAGAUUUUAAGCUAACUAAUUUCUAAUUUCCAUCACUUGUUGUUGAGUUUGUAUUCUGAAUACUUGUAUAAAGUUACUGUGUUUCCUGAGCCAUUGAAUAAAAAAUAUUUUGUUUUCUAUAUUUUUACUUUGUAUUUU